CAGAGCAUUUUCACUCAAGCUGCUGCUGAAGUUAAGCUUGGUGAAGAAUUAGUUCUCAUCUGGUUUUGAGUGCUGGAGUUGGGGAAAAUGGAGAGAAGAUAUUUGUUUGCUUGAUUCCACAUGACAACUCCAGGGUAACUGAAUAGACUGUACGGUUGGUUUGACAAGGCUAUGCACCGAGCCAGCAGCCUUGCAUACCAGAGGCAGGGGGAUGGAAGGGGGACUGACAACUGUAAUGGAUUUUAUCGGAGUUUUUCUAAAGAGCGACAAUUUGCCUUCAAUUAUUAAUGUUUUUCAGAGGUUUCUCUUCUGAGAGCGUCUUUCAUCCAAGGCAUCCAAAGCACUUCAUAGAACCCAGUGUAUUAAGCAUGGCAACAUAUCUGCGAGGCCGAGCUGCACCUGGGUUAGAUGCACAUCUGCACAGCUUCCUGUAGGCCACCACGUGCUCCGACAGGCAGGUGGCAGCAGGCAGGAGCUCUUGGCCUGCUCUGAUUGGCACGUGCCAUCUGGGUGACUGUGGCUGUUUGCUGCCGUAGGAAGUUCAUCUGAUUCAAGCUUGCAUGAAAGAAAUUUUGAUCCACAGAACAGCAACUAACAACAGCCUACUUCACAGUUUCUCUGAGUGAUGCUGUGUUUAUCUCCACACACUUCAUGAUGGACAAAAUAUUCAUGAUCUGGAAGAUGAUGGUGUUGAAGGAGUGAGGAUGGACACUUGUGUACUAACAGAUGGCCGACACGGAUGCAGUUAAAAGCUAAAGGGAGCUUAAGAUUGGGGCCAAGGAAGUCUUGAAAUACACCCUAGGCUUAGUCUUUAUAUUAAAUUGAUCACUAGUCCACAAGAUUGAUUCUGUUCUAUCCUCAUCUGAGUCCUUCAUGCACACGGUGCAUGCAGAGGUCUGUCUGAGCGGCAGUGAAUGCAGCCAUGCAUCAUCUGUUUGGGCUGGUUUUGGCACAAAAGGACCUUUCGCGUGCAGGGGAUCUUUUCUCCUUAGAGGAUGCUGAAAUCGAAGGAAGCCUCUCAGAAGCUCUUGAACAAAUAAGAAUAAUUAGUUCAUCUGCGGACUAUCAGACCAAUGACAAUGACCAGGCUGUGGUGGAAAUCUGCAUCACCCGCAUCACCACUGCCAUCAGGGAGACGGCAUCCAUAGAGAAGCAUGGGAAAGCCCUUGUGGCUCUCUGGGAGUCAUGCCUAGAGCACAACCUGAGGCCUUCUGGAAAAGACGAGGACACACCACAUGCAAAAAUUGCAUCCGAUAUCAUGAGCUGUAUCUUACAGAAUUACAAUCGACCUCCAGUUAUGGCCUUAGCUGUCCCAGUGGCAGUGAAAUUUCUUCAGAGGGGCAAUAAGGAGCUGUGCAGAAACAUGUCAAGUUAUCUAUCCUUGGCUGCAAUCGCUAAAGCGGAUCUGCUGGCUGAUCACACAGACACGAUUGUCAAAAGUAUCCUUCAAGGAAACUCGAUGCUGCUGCGUGUCCUGCCUGCUCUGUAUGAAAAGCAACCACAGCCGAUAAACCUCCAUCUGAGGGAGCUCGUGGCACGGAUGGCUCAGCUGGACCAGGCUGAACACCACCACCUCCUCAGGCUUCUCCAGAUCGUGGCUAGGAAAAAACAACCUGGGGUGUUGGAAGGGUGUAUUCCUUUUCUUUUUGGCCACUUGAGAGACCCUAACCAUAGUGACGUUAUCCUAAACAUACUUAUAGAAAUAUCCAGCUAUGAACCACGAGCCUUAGCCACUUUUCUUCCAACGCUGAAAGAAAUUGGUGACAGUUUUCCAAGUUUGAUUGGGCAAACAGCAAAGAUCUUUGGAGCUGUUGGACGUAUUAAUGAGGAGCGAGCCCGAGUCUGCCUGACGUAUUUGGUGAACCAGCUGGCCAACAUGGAGCACUCAUUUCACCAUAUUCUUUUGCUGGAAAUUAAAAGUCUCACUGACACCUUUUCGAGCAUCUUGGGCACCCAGAGCAGAGAUAUCUAUCGCAUGAGCAACAGUUUCACUGCCAUAGCCAAGCUCCUCGUCCGACAGCUAGAGAACGACAGCAUGUCAGGAGCCAGGAUAGAAAAUGAUACUGGAACAGAAUCUCCUGUACCACUGGAUGAUUUAAAAUCUGUUAUGAAUGGAAACGAAGAUGAUGAAAAGCUUCAAGUUAAAAUACAAGCUUUUGAAGAGAAAAUAAAUGUCGACAACAGCACUCCUGGCUCAGUGCGGAGAUACAGUUUAGGCCAGGUUUCUAAAGAAGAAAGGAAGGAUAUGAGAUUUAACAGGUCCAAAAGCCUUGCUUUGCAUGCAGUCCGCAUGAAGGGAGUAAACUCAGAGAGUGGACAGGAUGAGGAGAACGGAGAGAUAACUGCCGGUAUCUCCUUCACUGAGAUCUACAUUAGCCAAGAAAAUGACAAAUUGACUUUUAGCAUUGAUACUGAAGCAAUGCAACUGGGAACUUCUUCGGUUUCACACCAAAGCAUCAAUUACAUGGAGUCAGCAAAUUUGCCGGAUUCUGCUCAAGAAAAGGCCCACGAAGGAAGUGCAGAGGCCGUGACGAGCCCUGUGGAAUACCAAGACAAACUCUACUUGCACUUGAAGGAAAACCUGGCUAAAGUGAAAGCCUAUGUCACGGAGAUGGGGAGGAAAAUUCCUAUCCCUGAUCAGUGUGUUAUUGAAGAUACUGUUAGAAGUUGUGUAGCAAAGCUGUUCUUCAGCUGUCCCCUGAAGGGCCAUUACUGCCUGUACAGUAAAUCCAGUUUUACCCUCAUCAGCCAGCAGCCUCCACUGUGGAUCCACAUCAUGUUCCUCUUCCAGCAGAGCUUGUUUGCAGAACCUUUGUCCAUUCAGAGUAAUUCUGUGCAAGUUCUUAAGGCCCUGUGGGAGAAGACACAGCUCAAGGGGACGCACAGUUUUGAAACUGCUAUGAUUCAGUCUACAUUUCCACACCAAAAGGACCUGGACCACGUGCAGCUGCACCUGGAAGAAGUGAGGUUCUUUGAUUUAUUCGGCUACAGCGAGGAAGCAGGAACUUGGCAGUGUUUCAUGUGCAAUAACCCUGAAAAAGCAACGGUUGUAAAUCAGGAUGGCCAACCUCUGAUUGAAGGCAAGCUUAAAGAGAAGCAAGUCCGGUGGAAGUUUAUCAAACGAUGGAAAACUCGCUACUUCACUCUGGCUGGCAACCAGCUGCUUUUUCGGAAAGGAAAAUCCAAAGAUGACCCCGACGACUGCCCCAUUGAGCUCAGCAAGGUGCAGAGUGUUAAAGUGGUGGCAAAGAAGCGCAGGGACCGCAGCCUGCCCCGGGCCUUUGAGAUCUUCACCGACAGCAAGACCUAUGUUUUCAAGGCCAAAGACGAGAAGAACGCCGAGGAGUGGCUUCAGUGCAUCAACGUUGCCGUGGCGCAGGCUAGGGAACGCGAGAGUCGAGAGGCCACCACCUACCUGUAGAGCUGCUGGCACCUCUGUGGCCAUGCCAGCAAACCAAAUGUGCCUGGGACCACGCUGGUGCCGAGCAUCCCGCUGGCGUCCUAUGGACCUCUUUUACCUCCAAAACAGGAAAACAGUGAGGGAGAUUGUCUGUGCGCGUGGGUCAGCUUUAUGCAGCACGAGAGGUCUAAUGCCUCAGUGACACUACCAGGUGAUGGAGUGUCGCCAUGAGCGAGUGCUCGCUGGCACUGGGGCAUUUGCUGGUGUAGAAGCAGCUUCCACACCCAUGUGUGAAAUGCAGCUUUGUCCUCAGCCUAACGGCCUGCGAGCCAGGAGACACGAUUAGAAACAAACCUGGAGCCCAGCUCCUCAGCCUUUCCUUUCAAGAUGCACAAGGUCUCGGUGGCUUUAGACAUUGCUGAGAGCAGUCAAGCACACAAGGACUUUCACUUUCCUCAAUCACUUUCUGUCUGUAAAAAGAUAAUUUUCCUUCUUAUUUAAUCUCAGUGUACUUUGUCCUUUCACUGUUUAUGUGUGUCUAAGGAAAAAAUCGAAUUUGCUGCUUUUUUCAGAUUUGAAAUUGAGAAAUUUUAAAGAUUUAAUACCGCUGAAAGAUAAUUUAAAAUAUUUAAAUGUUUUACUUUUCCCUUUUUUCCUGCUUUUUCUCCCCUUUGUAACUGAAUGUAAUUUAAAAAAUAUUAUUUUCCUUUCUUUUUUUUAACUGUCUUCUCUGUUCCAUAACUUUUCAAAAUUUCUCCAAAACUGGAAAAUUCUCAGAUUGUUUCAUUUGCUUUGUGGCUCUCAAAUGAUUCCAAAGUGGAGGAAGUGCUGUAGAAAAGAUUGAAAGCAAAAAAAGAAAAGAGCUGGGGAAGAGAAUGAAUGAGAAGUCUACAAGUGAAGAAGUGAACUCAGAGAUCAUCCAAGGCUCAGUAGAAAGAAAAUUUGAAAUUUUCCAACCUAGAAAAAUAGAUCUUUUGCAAAAAGUUGUUGCCCAAAAGAAGGCCUUAAUGGGGUUUGGGAAAUGCACUGUAAUGCUUUUUGCUGUAAUACUUAUCUUGCAUUCAGUAGCAGAGGGAGCCCACGGUGGGUGUGAAAGUUCCUUGCAGAGCAUGGCAAUAUAACCUGCUGCCUGAAAUAUUUGCUUGUUGACUUUCUGUUUUCUGGGUGAGUUUUGGCGUUGGCUUUGUGAACAGGAGGGCGGCAGAGGUUGGUGAGGAUGGGGCGGCUGUGACGGUGAGGACCUGCCGGGGUCAUCAGAAAUGCUUGAGGAGCAGGGAAUGACCUGGGAAAUAAAUCUGGAUUGAAGUGAAAAUUUGGAUU